CUGUGAAAAUACGAUGACUUGACGCCCAUCUACACUUCUCAUGAGUAGACUACGAUAACAAGACAGACAAAAAAGCAAUAAUCCGUUGGUAGGCUAUAUCUUCCUCGCACCUUGAGUUUAACCGUGGUAGGGUUUGCGUGGGGAGGAUGCGUCGCCAAGAGGGACCAACCAACCGUGAUCUCCGGGACUGGAGAGGGUAGAUGCUUUUGAUUCUUCUUGAGACGAAGACCGUGAGAGAUCUUCUAGUUUGCAUCACUAAAAGACGAUCAUUUUGAGUUGAGGACAAAGAAAGCAUUGGGUAGCCUAACGAUGGAAGGCAAAAGCAAUUUUUUGUGCGGCGUUGUGGAAGGUUUCUAUGGGAGACCAUGGUCCAUGGAGCAGCGAAGAGUUCUCUUCCAGUGGAUGCAGAGAUGGGGCCUGAACACGUACCUGUACGGCCCCAAAGAUGACCUGAAGCACAGGCUCCUGUGGAGGGAGCUGUACACUGCAGAGGAGGAGGUCCAGGUGAAGACCCUCAUCUCGGAGGCCGAGGCCAGGGGCUUGAGCUUCGUGUACGCACUCUCCCCUGGUCAAGACAUCAUCUUCUCCAGCUCCUGUGACCUCUCCCUGCUCAAGCGUAAACUUCAACAGGUGGCGGAGCUGGGGUGCAAGGCCUUCGCCGUCCUGUUUGACGACAUCGAUCACUCCAUGUGCCAAGCAGACAAGGAAGCCUUCUCCUCAUUCGCCCACGCCCAAGUCUCAGUGACCAAUGAGAUCUACAGCUUUCUGGGGGAGCCGCCCAUCUUCCUCUUCUGCCCCACAGAGUACUGCGACUCGCUCUGCUCGCCCAGCGUGGCCAAGUCACCGUACCUGAUCACCGUCGGGGAGGACCUGCUGCCUGGUAUCUCCGUCAUCUGGACCGGAAGUCGGGUCAUUUCCCGUGAGCUGAGUGCUGAUUCGCUGUCGGAAGUACGUACAGUGCUUCAGCGCCCGCCUCUGCUAUGGGACAAUCUCCAUGCCAACGAUUAUGACUCACGCAGAGUGUUCCUCGGGCCCUUCAAAGGCCGCCCUCCUGGUCUCCAUGGACACCUGUGUGGUCUCCUCCUCAACCCCAACUGCGAGUUUGAGGCCAACUAUAUUCCACUGCACACGCUGGGGAGCUGGCAUCGCAGCGGCAGUGAAGACAAGAAGGAUGAUGCAGAGCAGUACUGCCCCGAGCGAGCUCUUAAUACGGCACUGCUCGAUUGGAUGGAGGAACUCAACCAGUCCCUGCUGCCUGGUCGGCAGGUCCGAUCAAAUGACCACAAGUCUUCCAAAGCCUCCUUGAAGUCCCAGUCCUCUGAGAGCAUAGCAGACAGCUCUAAAACUGCGGACCCAAAGCCCACCAAAACCUCCUCAGAGCCGUCCAAGAAGGAGGACACCACUGCCCACCUCAGCUCCCCAGAGGGCAAACAGGAGUUCCCCACCCCUGUCCACAGCAAUGGAGAGCAGGCCUCACGAGCUGACACCCAGGCCUCCACCAGGUCACUUGUGGAGAAUCCCCAGGGGAGAGGGCUUGUCGCUGGGAAGAACCCUCUAAGCGAGUCCCAGGUCAGGCUGCUGGUGGGCCUGCACUACCUCCCCCACGAAUACGGACCGGCAGCUAAGAGCUUGCUGCAGGACCUCACCUGGCUGAAGGCCAACUGCCAAUGCGUCAGUGCCAAUGGCAACAAGAAGAAGGCGCUACCUCAAAAGGUGGAGGAGUGGCGCUCCCGGGCGGCACAGUUCCUGGCGUCGUGUGAUCAGAUGGCGCUCCUGCACGAGGGUGUGGUGAACAGCGUGAACCGGGCGGUGCUCUACGACCUCUACCCGUACGUGUGGGACCUGCGCAACACCCUGCUCGUGGCCAGGGCCUUCGUCAGCUGGCUCGAGGGCCGCAUCUUGAGUGACAGCUCCUCCUCAGGCUCCUGGAAGAACUGCUUCCACUGGUGUGGAACCACCAGCGGUUCCGAGCUCCUGGGUGUCGAGGCGGAACCGUGGGCCUUUAAGGGAGGCCUGUGUGGGGAGAUGCAGUUGCUUCUCCCCAUGGGCACCAGCACUGAGCUCUUCAUCCAUCCUCCUCCCCUGUUCCCCAGUGCACGACUCUACAACAUCCGCCCCUACCACAAUAAAGACAAGAUGGAGCUGUACCGUAUGGUGCGACAGCUGCAGCAGAGGUCGCAAGGCCCGCCGGACCUCAGCGUGAUCCAUCCCGACUUCUUCGGUGACCGGUGUUUGGGGGCAGCCCUGGCGUUGUGCCCGGAGUACAGCUUUGUCCUUGAGGACGAGCUGGGCGUGUGUGGGUGUGUGCUGGGCAUCCAGGACGUUCGCCACUUUGCCAAGCGCUGGCAGGCUAGCUGGCUGCCCGCCAUGAGGGACAAAUACUCAUCUCAGGCCCCGGGGAGUAGCGGGCACGCCGGCACAAAGGAGACGCUGCAGUCUCUUCAGGAGGAGCAGCCGGACUACCCCGACUCCCUGCUCUACCACUUCCCCUCUCAGCUGCGGCUGGACGCGCUGCCCGAGCUGGUGGACUGCAGCGUCAGCCGCAGCCUCCUCACCGUGCUCCUGACCGCACUCAAGGCCAACGGUUCGAGGGGUGUGUUCUGUGAGGUGCAGCCCAUGGACCAGCUCAGGAUGGAGUUCCUGACCAAACUGGGCUUCCUGGAAAUCCUACGAGUGGAGGCCAGCGCAAGGGAAGGUCUGGUGCUCGGACGCUUGCUCUAGGCACUCACGCUGUGUGUGUGUGUGUGUGUGUGUGUGUGUGUGUGUGUGUGUGUGAGAGAGAGAGAGAGAGUGUGAGAGAAUGAGUGAGUGAGUGACAGAGAGUCAGAGAAGAGCCAAUACAGGUUGACUGUUCUAGCAUUUAAAUAUAAAGUGUGUGUGUGCUCACUCAGCUGUGUGUAUGUGUGUCAAGAUCGGACAUAAUGGUGAUAUGGUGCUGAUGGAUGUUUCAGAGGUUGCUAAUAAGGGUAGGUUUGCAUGUGUGUCUAUGUGUGUGACAGGUGUGUGUGUGUGUGUGUGUGUGUAUGUGUGUGUGUGUAUGUGUGUGUUUGUCCGGGACCAUGAACAGCCAGAGAACCUGCUGGGAUAUUUUUCGGACCAUUCUCCUUAAUGGCUUGAAUGAUUGUACUUGUUUUUUUUUCUCUUAACAUAGCGCACGCACACACACACACACACACACACACACAUGCACUCACACACACACACACACACACACACACACACACCAACUCUUGCAACACUAGAAGAGAAAUAGAAAUCUGAUUGUGGGGAGUUCAGAGGAAAUCAGACAGAUACAAUCUGACACCGGCAAGACAAAUAUGGCAAUCACUGAGAAUUCAGGCCCUAGCUAGAUUGAAGGAAAAAAAUCAAAGAUUUUGCACUGCAUGCACAUUAAAUGUUCCAAAGAACACUAAAUCAUCUUGUAAGUGUAGUAGUUUUUAAUCACAAGGUGAAAUGUCGUGUCAGUGAUCCAGUCAUUCAAAUUUUGAAACACAUACCUAAGGUAUGAUCACAAUCACUCAAGCACAGUCAAAAGGGAGAACAAUAACUAAAAUGUGCACUAGCAUCUCAAAGAGAAUGAGCACCAGAACAGCAAGGAGGUUUUAGUAUAUGUACCAAAAUCAGACUCCUGCUAUAAGAUGUGGUUUAUUAUGGUGAAGACAUAAGUCUUGUGUCUAAAAGAUUCAAUGUCAGGCUAGUGAGAACAUUCUCUGAGUUCAACCAGCGCAUAAGCCGUUGGCAUGCAAUGCUAAUUCAGAAGGUUUUUUUUACGUGCACUAUAAUGGUGACAGCUGCCACAAACUUCCCUAUUCAGGGAAGCGGCUGAGAUGCAACCGAGCGAGAGCAAUGGGCCACUACUCAAAGAUAGUGACCACUGUUCAUAUCCAUUGCUUAAUUACUGUCUGUACCUGUACUGUAUUGAAAGCGUUUUCUUCUUGAUAUGUAAGCAUGUUUUUCUGUGGGAGUAGUUACUUGAAUGCAGGCAUAGGCAAAUCAUUUCUUUCUUCUAAAUCAAUGUAUAUAUUUUAAACGGAACCCUUCCACCAAGCGAACACCAGGCUGUCACAAAUAAUAUUCGAUUUUUGCUUAUAUUGGAUUGUUCGGUUAAAUUUUAAGAAGAAAUUGUAUGCCCCCUUUCCCAUAAGUUGACAAGGGUCUUUGGGAUCUUAAUGAAAUGUCUGUGACAUGCUUUGGUGAAAAUACAAAGCUGAAGCACCCUUCUCAACGUUGUCUACAGAGACAUUGUUCAAAGCAGCCAGACUGCCUGCUGCUUUACGUUUAAAAUGAAAUGAAGACUUGCCAGAACACGAAUCCAACACAAAGUACAUUAUUUAGUUAGCACAAACAAAGCCUAAUGUUGCAGAAAAAAAGAGAUUAACAUAUUUCAAAGUAUGAUUUAGCAACCACACUUAGGUAAGAAAAAAAGUGAAGAUUAUUAUUGCUGUUUGUAGCACUUAGCUUGGAUUAAUGCUGUCAUUUUAAUCUUCUUUGCAUAGAAACAUUUCCAUGUACAAGCAGGCCUGUUUUGAUGCUUCCUCACUAAGUGGUAGUUUGAAGGUGUCUGUAGGAGGGAGCUUUGUGAAUUGUGAGAAUUGCUUUAGGAAGCCGUAUGUGUGUCGUAUGACAAGUUCCAGGAGAUAGCUCGAGUUUAGAUCAAAGGCCAUACUAAGAAACUCACAUAAGUCAAUGUCUGUCUAAUAUUUUUUUCUUUUAAAUAAAAGCAUGUUUUAGUUUGUGGAAUAUAUCGGUUUACAACUUGAUUGUAUUCCCUUUUAAUAGAUUUACAUGAAAUUAUGAACUGUUCACAAUUUUUUAUAUUGUAUGUUAUGAACUUUGUGUUACAGAAAAAAUAAAAAAUAUUUUUUUUUCUGUU